AUGGCCGACGACCCUCAGCCCGGCAGUCCAAAGUCUGACCCGAUCUAUGCCAAGGAGGACGCCGAGACCGCUGCUGCCCGCAAAGAACUGAAGCAUACGGCCAUCUCAGAGAAGUCUUCCGCAGAUGGAGCCACCGCCGAGACCACACCCUCGGGGUCGCAAAACGAGGACCACAAGGAGCGCGUUUCGUCGCCAAAGAAGAAGCGGGCACACGACCAGGUAGACGAAGACAAGGACGUUGACGAGGUUGACGACAAGAGCGUCGCCUCAAGCGACUCGGCCAAGGACAGGGCUUCGCGACUAGAGCCCGAGAAGAAGAGACACAGAGACGAGGUCGCUACCCCCGCUGACGCUGCGACCGAUCCCUCUGCGACACCCUCUGCCGCUGCCGACACGAAGGCGAAGGAAAACGAGACCACCAAGGGCACAUCUGCGACAUCACAGGGUUCCACCAACGAUGAGAAGAAGGGGGCUUCGGCUUCUGCUUUUGCUAGCUCGGGUUUCGCCAAACUGUCAGCCUCGAGUGCAUCCCCGUUUGGCUCGCUGGGGACUGCGACUAAGGGGAGCGUGUUUGGUGGAUCAGCAUCUUCCGCCUCGCCCUUUGGCGGUCUGUCCCCUUCCAAGCCUGCUGCCCCCGCUCCCGCUCCUACGCCUACUCUUAGUUUUGGUGGUGCAGGCGCAGCAUCCUCCCCCUUCGCCAGUGUGAAGCCCGCUGGCGCGAAUGGUGGUUUCGGAUCGGCAUUCGGCAGUGCCUUUGGCAGUGGCCUGGGCAGCAAGCCCCUUACAAGCUUCUCUAAGACAGGCGAGUCUUCAUUCAAGACUGAAAAGGCAGCCAAGCCGUUUGGUGCGCCCGAUAGCGACGCAGACGAAGGCAGCGACGAUGAAGCGGACGAUGUCGCUGAGGCUGCCUCAGAAUCUGGCGACAAGGACGAAAAGGAGGAGUCUGACAAGGAGGAAUCCAAGGCUGUGGACGAUAAGAAACGUACCAAGCUGCAGAAGAUUACUGUCGAUGACGGCGAAGCCGGUGAAGCGACCAUACUCCAGGUCAGAGCCAAAAUAUUCUAUCUAGAAAAGGAAGUCGGUUGGAAGGAGCGUGGAUCUGGCAUGCUCAAGAUCAAUGUUCCCGAGGCGUGCGUUCAGUUCGACGAGGCCGGGUUGCCGAUACCUGGUUCUUUUGACGCAUCAGGCCUGGAAGAGGAUCCUGAGGCCGGCGACAACAAGGGCCACAAGGUAGCCCGUCUCAUCAUGAGACAGGACCAAACACACAGAAUACUGCUGAACACAGUCAUCCUGCCCGCUAUGCAGUUCCAGGAAAAGGCGACGUUGAAGUCUGUUGGCGUCAUGUUUACGGCCUUCGAGGGUGCGGAGGCCAAACCUGUGAGCGUUCAUGUCAGGAUGAGCGCCGCCAGUGCAAAGUCGUUCCUUAAUGAGGUUGGAAUGGUACAGAGAGAGCUCUCGGGCAACUGA